AUGGUCUAUCCAUUCGACUAUCUCCAACACCGUCGUGACUGGUCUGCCAUCCCACCCGUGCCCAUAACCCGCAAAACCCCCCGAGGUUCACUAACACGUAGAGACAGCAACUUCAAGCAAUCCGAACGCGCAGACAGAAUCCGCCGUCUCACUGCCUACAAAGGCCCCUUUUCACCACAAGACCGUCAGAUCCUAGACAAACCCAUCGAGGAACUCGUCCAAGAUGUCCACAAGACCGUCCUGAAACCCAUUGACAUUCUCAAAACCUACGGUAAAGUCGCCCUCAAAGCCCACGAGCGCACAAACUGCCUCACCGAGGUAAUGCUCGAGUCCGCCGAGAAGUGGGUAGCCGACGGCUCCGUCAACCUCAAGGGCCCUCUAGCAGGCAUCCCCGUCAGCCUCAAAGACACAAUCGUCGUCGGCGGCUACGACACCACCGUCGGCUUCAGCAGCUUCGUAGGCAACAAAACCGCCACCGACGGCCCCGUCGUCCGCCUCCUUAAGGACGCCGGCGCCGUCCCCUACGUGAAAACCAACCUGCCCAUCACCCUCCUCAGCUUCGAGUCCACAAACGACGUCUGGGGCCGCUGCACGAACCCGCAUAACCCCCGCUACUCCCCGGGCGGCUCCACGGGCGGCGAAUCCGCGCUCCUCGCCAUGGGAGGGCGCAUCGGCAUCGGCAGCGACGUCGCGGGCAGCGUAAGAGCGCCGGCGCAUUUCUCGGGCUGUUACAGCCUCCGCUGCUCUACAGGCCGGUGGCCGAAACUGGGCUUCUGCACGAGCAUGCCGGGCCAGGAGGGCGUGCCGUCCGUGUAUAGCCCCAUGACGAGGACGUUGGACGACCUGCGGUACUUCACGCGCGCCGUGGUGGGGAUGAAGCCGUGGGAGUACGAUUACAGCGUCCACCCGCUGGCGUGGCGGUCCGAGACCGAGAAGGCGUGGCUGAACGACGGGAAGAAGCUCCGCGUCGGCGUGAUGCGCACCGACGGCGUCGUGGACCCCAGCCCGGCGUGUCGGCGCGCGCUGGAGAUGGUGGAGAACGCGCUGCGCAAGCAGGGCCACGAGAUUGUCGAGGUUAACCCCCCUUCCCCUUACGAAGGUCUCAAGAUCGCCGCCCUGGCGCUCAACGCCGACGGAUGUCAGAUGUUUAGCACGUUUUUCCGCACGGGGGAGUGGAACGACCCUGGCGCGGCGCAGAUGAAGUUUUUGAUGAACCUCGCCAGCCCGCUGCGAUACUUGUAUUAUCUCUGGGUCAAGUACGUACGCCGCGACGAUAUCUGGGCGGGUCUCGUGCGGGACUGGCGGCCGCAGUCGGCGUUUGAGAACUGGAAGCUCGUCGCGAGGCGGGAGGCGUACCGGAAUCGGUGGUUUGACUGGUGGAACGCGGCCGAGGUGGACUUUUUGAUCACGCCGCCUAAUGCGACGCCUGCUGUGCCGCAUGAUGGGAUGAAGGAUGCGUGUAGUAGCUGCGGGUACACUUUCCUCUUCAACCUGCUCGACUACACCGCGGGCGUCCUCCCCGUGACACACGUGGACAAGGACCUGGACCAGCUUCCCGCAGACUUCAACAUUAAGAAGCUCAACGGCGUAGCGUACGGCGCCUAUAAGCUGUACGAUGCCAAGGACAUGCACGGCCUGCCCGUCGGCGUGCAGCUCGUUGGCAGGAGGUUGGAGGAGGAGAAGGUGCUGUCACUCAUGCAGAGGGUAGAGGAUGCUUUGGGCGACGAAAAGUACAAGCUCUUGGACAUUGACUAA